CGUAACCAGUAAUCUGUCCUUGCUUCCCGCUGAACCUGGACUGAAAAUGCCUCCACCCUUUCAUCGCUUGCUCACCUCCUCAAUCCGAAAACCACCAAAAACUCUCAUUUCUUCAUCAUUCCCAUCAUUUUCCUCCUCCAAUUUCACGCACCCAUCAUCAGUCAAUCACCGUCACUUGUCAAUCCCACCGCAACCUCCCCAAAACCCCACUUCCCACUUCCUCCAACCCAGAACCCGAACCCCUCUCGAGACCCAAUUCGAAACAUGGGUUCAAAGGCUCAAGCCCGGCUUCACCCCCUCCGACGUCGAGGCAGCUUUACGAGCCCAACCCGAUGCCGAUCGCCUCGACAUCUUCCGUUGGACCGCCUUACAACGCGGGUACAAGCACACGGAUACCACCUACCUCACCAUGAUAAAACUCCUCAUCUCCGCCAAACGCUACCGCCACGCCGAGACGCUAAUCGAGGAAGUCAUCGCCGGUGCUUGUCCCGUCAGUGUUCCUCUUUACAACACCGUAAUCCGUUUCUGCUGUGGCCGUAAGUUUCUUUUCAACCGUGCCUUUGAUGUUUACAAGAAAAUGUUGAAAUCUGAUGAUUGCAAACCCACGCUCGAGACGUUCGCUUUGUUGUUUAAUUCUUUGCUUAGGAGAUUCAAUAGACAAACUGUUUGUUAUGUGUAUUUACACUCGAUCCGGUCUUUAGCGAAGCAAAUGAAAGCUUUGGGAAUCAUUCCGGAUACUUUCGUGUUGAAUAUGAUAAUUAAGGCCUAUUCAAAGUGUUUAGAUGUCGAUGGAGCGAUUCGGGUUUUUCGUGAAAUGGGGUUGUAUGGAUGCGAGCCUAAUGCUUAUACAUAUGGUUAUAUUUUCAAGGGCUUGUGUGAGAAGGGAAAGGUUUCGCAGGGGUUUGGGUUGUUUAAGGAGAUGAGGGAGAAAGGAUUGGUGCCGAAAGGGAGUGCUUAUAUGAUUCUGAUUUGUAGUCUUGCGAUGGAGCAAAGGCUUGAUGAUGCUGUCGAUGUUGUUUAUGAUAUGUUGGGGAUCAUGGCGCCGGAUUUAUUGACUUAUAAGACUGUAUUGGAAGAGUUGUGUAGAGGAGGGAGGAGUAAUGAUGCUUUUGGGUUGCUAGAGGAGUGGAAGAAGAGAGAUUUGUCUAUGGGCCAAAAGAAUUACAGCAUUUUGGUGAAUACUUUGCAUUGUAAGAAUCAAGACUGAAUUUUAUACACUGGUCUACUAUUUCAUGUUUGUUGUUUCUUGCUUCCAAUCAGAUCUGAAGAGGCUAACUUGUUUACUGCUGAACUUUUGAAACUGUGAUACCUGAUUGAUUCAUGAUUGAGGUUUUUCCUUGGUGGAUUUACAUUUCAGUGUAUCUAUUGACAUCAGUGACUUUGCAAUUCAUUUGAAGGAUGAGAAAAGGGAGGACAUGGCUUUUGCAUGUGUUAUCAACAG